AUGAAUACAUAAUAUUGGCUUGAUAUAGAAAAUCAUAUCCUGUAAUAGUAUUAGAUCAAGAAUGCUUUAGGAUAAGGAUCAUACGGUAAAGUAUGGUUAGCUAUUGAUCGUAGCAACAACAAAAAAUACGCUAUAAAAAAAGUACAAUCAAAUUAUUAAUUUAAGAUUUACGGAGCAUUUAGGGAUAGUGUCGAUGCAAAAAGAACUGUUAGAGAAGUGUCUUUUCUUUAUUAACUAUCUCAUCAUUAAAAUAUUGUUCGCUUGGAAAAAGUUAUCUAAUCAUAAAAUUCGAAUGACCUCUAUUUGGUUUUUGAAUAUGUUUCUUCAGAUCUCCAUCAAGUACCAAAUCUUAAAAUUUAGGUAAUUCACUCAACAACACUGGUGCCUAUUCAACAAAGGUUUAUAAUUUACUAAAUACUGAAAGCCUUAGACUAUAUUCAUUCUGGUGGAUUAAUUCACAGAGAUUUAAAACCCUCAAACAUACUCAUAUCAACGAAUUGCUAAAUUAAGCUAGCGGACUUUGGCUUAGCUCGAACAUUUUAAGAUACAGAUGAAAGUAUUUUUUCAAUAAAUCUAAAAGCAACAUGCGGAUAUACCUAAAAUGUGGCAACAAAAGUAUAUCGGGCUCCAGAGAUACUCUUUCAUUCUAAAAUAUAUACCUCUAAAGUUGAUAUGUGGAGUAUGGGCUGUAUUUUAUAUGAGAUGCUUUCUGGCUAAGCUCUGUUCAAUUCGGAUUAUUAUUUUGGUUAAAUUGGCGAAUUGAUUCAAAUUCUAGGAGUACCAAACAGAAGAGAUAUAUAAUCUUUCAAGCUUGGAGAGUCUGAUUCUCAAGAGCUUGAAUAGUUAACUUCGGGUGUAUAAAAGAAAACUCCAAGGUUAAAUGAAAUGAUCAGUAAUUUUGAUCCAUUCGCCAGAGAUUUUAUAAGGUAUUUAUGUUAUUUUGAGUUUUUCUAGAAAUUGUCUCAAAUAUAAUCCUAUAGAUAGAAUGUCUGCUUCAGAAGCUUUAAAGCAUCCAUAUUUUUAACAUCCUGAUUUAUUUGACUUAGAAUUAAUAAAUUAACGUUGUGGUGCAUCACCACCAUCUCCAGUUGACUAAUUUAUAACUUUAAAAAAUGAUAAUUAUUCGUAUUCAGUACAAGAAUACAAAGAUGUUUUGGAUAGGUUUAUUAAAUUUAGAAAUGGAAACAUCUACUAGUUCAAAACAGAAUACAACUAAAAUAUCUCAACUUAGAGCAGUUAAAAUAUCAUAUAAACACCUUAUACAACCGUCUCUGCUAAAAAUAAACCAACUCAACUGUUUCAUUCGCCAAAAUUAUAACAAUUUUAGAUAAAAAAUAGAACCUAGAGUAAUUAUUUCGAAUCUAAUAAAAGUUGUUCUUUAAUUAGUGAACAAAAAAAUAAUACUUUUCACAAACCCUUGAUUAAUAAAAUAACUAAAAAAAUGCCCAAAAAUGAAUUAGAAGCUAUCAAAAAUAAAUAUAGUCAAAGAAAUGGAAGGAGAUAAUCGCUUUUAACAAACUGUUCUCAAGGUUAAAGUCCUAAUCAUGGAAAUGAAUGA